CGUAAAAAUACAAAUUGGUUUAGGAAAUUAGCUCCUCGUUCAAAGUCGCUCUCUCCCACGUCUUCUCUUUCUUUCUGUUUCUCGUCUGUCUGUCUCUCUCUUUCUUCCUCACGAGAAACAGAAAGAAAGAGAAAAAAAAUUACGAUUCUAACCAGAAGGAAUGAACAGGCAAAGAAGAAAGAAGAAGAAGAAACGAAUUGUUAGGGGAGAGAGCUGCCUUGAAUGUCGAUCACCCUCCAACCGGAAGAAGAAAACAAUAGAGAAGAAGGAGAAGGAGAAGAUAAACAAGAACAUGACACCUCCGCCGGCGAUCACGUUGUCGUCCGGACAACCAACAACGAACAUGUCGCCGGUGGCUGGAGCGGAGCCUUCCAUUUGAAAAAACCAAAUUUGCACCUCCGUCACCUUCUUGGCCCUCUUGGCCGGAGGAGGUCCCAGCAGCAGGCUGCAACAAUGCCAACUGGGAUCUUAUGCGGGUUCAGACCAUUUCCAUCAGAACGAAAAAACUUUCGACCCGAGGUGGUGAGAGGGCAAUCAAGCAAGAGGAGGGAGAAGAAGAAUUCAGCACCGAGACCUAAACAGAAUGGCUCGAGUCGGGGCGGGUCGACGGGUCUGGUCGUCCUGAUGAUGGACCUGCGGAAGAAGAUCAUUCAGUUCCGGGAUGUAUUCGAUCUGCCGGCAUGUGAUGUCUCUGCUUUUAUCAAUAAACUGGUGACGGAAACCAUGAGUAAUCUUCACAGUCUCUACCCUGAAAUCCUACCCAUCAAAGAUUUGUCAGAAAUCAAGGAGGGAGCUUCAAUCCAUGAGGUUUUGAUAUACUUGUGUGGUGCUUUAAGAUCCGUUGGAGACGCCUGGGUGACAACGAGUGAUGAUGAUGAGUGGAUGGACAAAUCGACAUCAUACAAACAGAACAACAUGGAUGAAUUGAACUCGGAACAACUAGUCGAACUUGCACUGGCAACACUCGAUUGCUUGAUCAAGAUAUCAUAUGAGAAGUUUGAGCACAUCGAUGAGGACGAGGACGACGAUCAUAGCCACGAGAUCACCUCUGCUCGUAGCAGUACGAGCAGGGCGUGUGAUCUCGUGGAUCACGAAAAGUUGGUAGUAGUAGGGAGGUCCUACUCCGAGUCCUCCAACACUCCCUUCACCGCUUCUUCCUCCCCGGUCAGCACUCCCACGUCGGUCCUCCCCGAGCUCAUCACCACAUCAUGUGCUUCUUCUCCCAAGGCGGAGGAGUUCUCCACCUUGUACUGCUCCUCCCCGUUCCUCCGCCUCCUCAGCUUCCAGGCGGUCGGCGGGAAGCUCAGCCGCCUCGACGUGAAACACAUGUCUUUCCACUUGUUCCCCCAUGGCGGCUCGGGAUCUCAUCACCAUCAUCGCCACCACCGUAGGCACAAAGGGAGUAGUAGGGCAAAGAGCCACGAGAACGUGCCGUUUGAAAUGGACGGAAGCCAUCCCCAAGUAGUGUUACCACCCGUGAUCCAAAAAGACUUGCGAACCAAGGAACACAAACCCACAACAGGACCAAAACCUCCUCCUCCUCCACCACCACCUCCGCGGUGGCGGCCACCCAAACCUCCACCACCACCACCACCAUUUCCUUCAUGGGUUACACUAAAAACCAAUAAUGUAGUAGUUCCUCAACCUCCACCGUUGCCUUCACGUGCCACACUAGAAAAAAGUGCACUUCCUCAACCUCCACCGUUACCAAAUUUGCCUUCAUGUGUCACACUUGAAAAAAGUGCGGUUCCUCAACCUCCACCGUUACCAAAUUUGCCUUCACCAAAAAAAGAUGUCGUCGUGGUCCCUCAUCAACAUCCACUUCUCACUAGAAGUCCACCCGUUUUGAAGUCCCAACCAUUAUUGCAACCGCCGCCGCCGCCACCACCACCAAGGGAAGCUUCGAUUGGAUCGGGUUCGAGCAAGGCGCCGCCACCUUCGCCGUCGAAAGAUGGACCGCCGGCGGCGUCGGCGGCGGCGGGGGCGCCACCACCUCCUCCACCGGGUGCAACCAAACUACUCCGGCCCAAGAAGGCACACACGAAGCUGAAGAGGUCGAGCCAAAUGGGGAAUCUGUACAGGCUGUUGAAGGGGAAAGUAGAAGGAGGUAAUCAAGUGAAGCCACAAAGGGGGAGAGUGAGCUCGGGUUCCGGCAACGGCGGCGGUGGGAAGCAAGGAAUGGCGGAUGCACUCGCUGAGAUAACAAGGAGAUCAGCAUACUUCCAACAAAUUGAGGAAGACGUCCAUACCUAUGCUGAGGAAAUAACGAAGCUCAAGACGGAAAUCAGCAGCUUCAAGACAAAAGAUAUGGUAGAGCUGGUCAACUUCUACAACCACGUUGAAUCGAUUCUUGAGAAUCUCACCGACGAGACACAGGUUCUUUCGAGGUUCGAAGGCUUCCCGGAGAAGAAGCUGGAAGCGGUGAGGUCAGCAGCUGCACUCUACUGCAAGCUAAAAGGGAUCGUAACCGACCUACAGACAUGGAAGAUCGAGUCCCCGUUGGAUCGACUUCUCGACAGGAUCGAGCGAUAUUUCAACAAGGCGAAGGGAGAUAUGGAUGCAUUCGAGCGAAACAAGGAGGAAGAGUGCAAGAGAUUCAAGAACCACAACAUCGAAUUCGACCUGCAGAUCCUCGUCCAAAUCAAAGAAGCCGUGGUGGACCUGUCUUCCAAUUGCAUGGAGUUGGCCCUCAAGGAAAGGAAAAUUGCUACUAGCAACGGAGGUCAACCGAGCAAGACGUGCUGCAAGACGUUGUGGAGGGCGUUCCAGUUCGCGUUCAGAGUGUACACGUUCGCCGGCGGGCACGACGAUCGCGCAGAUAGGCUGACGAAAGAAUUGGCCCAGCAGAUAGAGGAAGAUCAUCGCCGGAUGCAGGAAGCUAAUUAAUCAGUAAAUUAAGCCUUUACUCCGGUGGGUGAAAAAUGUAAAGGGACGAUUGAUGUUAGUAAAUGGACGGCCGAAGUGGCUUCUUGUUCGUUAUUAUUAGGGUUUCGUACAUAAACUGGCUUUUCUUUUGGGUGACAUUAGGGAAGUAGCGAGAGAGAGAGAGAGACUUCUCGACUGAUUGAGAUUGAUUCUCCACGAGAUCGUCGUCUAACAAAAGAAAAACCAACAAAUGUAGCCAUUUUUGUUCUUCUUUCUUCUUCUCCUUCUUGGAUUCAUUUGUAAAUUGCGGGAUCGCCUUCUCCUUCUAAUGAAAAUCAUAUUGUCAAUGUACCAGUUGGACCCAUAAAUUUUAUAUGUGGGUGUCCCAUUCAAAUAUUAAAUUUAAAUAAUAAUUUAAAAUUUUAAAAAUUAUUGAAUAAGAAAGUAUCCAACUAAUUCAAGUUAUAACAAAAGUAAACGAUGUGUUACUCAGUAUCUGCAGUGCUGAACAUAUAUCUUACUAGAUAAUCAUUCACAAAUGAAUCGUCUAAGAAACUUGUUCUUAAUGUAACACUAAUCUAAAAAAACUCUCUCAACACUUGGAGUUGCAAUCGAUAAAAUCAACACAACUUCGAGAAACAAAUAGGCCAAUGGAUAUGAUAGAUUCAAUUUUAACUCCGCUAUCAACUCAGCUAAUUCUUCAGUUCCUUUUGAUCCAUAAAAUAACUUAUCAUUUCUAACACAAUGAUAGUAAUUCUCAAAAUCAUAUAAGAUAAACCUUCACUCGCCUUGGUGAUUUUUUCAAAUUGUCAUUUUGUUUGGAUUUUGAAGCCUACAGAUCAUAGAUUCAACCUGAGUCUAUUCUUCACCUAUGAUUAAGUCCAUUAAACACUGAUUUGAAUGGAUUUCUUCCGGGUCCCUUUUUGGCAUAUUCCAAAAGGGUACCAUCAUAGAUUUUGGGCGAUUGUUCCAAAAAUUGAAAUGUCAUUUUCUUUCGAUUAUGAAGAAUACAAAUCACAGAUUUGGCCUUGGGAUAUUCUUCACUGAAGAUGAAGUCUAUUGAUCUUAUUCUUCAUCGAUGAUUAAGUCCAUUAAGCACCGAUUUGGGCGAAUUUAUUUUCAGAUGACAUUUGCAUAAUUUUUUGGGCAAUUUUUUCGAAAUGCCAUUUUAUUUAGAUUUUAAAGGCUGCAGAUGAUGGAUUCUGCCUGAGCUUAUUCUUCAACGAUGAUUGAGUCCAAUAAGCACCAAUUUGGGCGGAUUUCUUCCUGGUCCAUUUUUUGCGGUUCCAAAGGGGGUACCAUCACAUAUUUUGGGCAAUUUUUCCAAAAUGCUAUUUUUAUUCUAUUUUGAAGGCUACAGAUCAUGGAUUCGGCCCGAGGCUAUUCUCCACCGAUGAUGAAUUCUUUUGAUCAUAUUCUCCAUCGAUGAUUAAGUCCAUUAAGCACCAAUUUGUGCUAAUUUAUUUUGGGAUGACAUUUUCGUAAAAUUUGGGUGAUUUUUUCGAAGGCCAUUUUCUUUGGAUUUUAAGGCUACAUUCCAGAUUCGCCCUGAGCCUAUUCUUCACCAUUUAUUAAUUCCACUAAGCACUUAUUUGAACGAAUUCCUUCCGGGUCCAAUUUUGGCAGAUUCCAAAAGUGUAUCAUCACAGAUUUUGGGCGAUUUUUAAGAAAUGCCAUUUUUUCAA